AUGGGAGAAAACCAUCUUUUCUCUACGUUGAAGGCUCGUUUAAUUGAUCUGGAGAAGCAGUUCGAGGAGAAAGACAAACUUUUGAAAGUUGCCAACAGCAAAGUUGAGAAGCUCUGGGAGACUAUAUCAGUACGGAAACAAACCAUCAACGAACGAGACAGCACAAUCUUAUCAAUUCAAAAUCUUGAAGCUUGGCAUGAAGGCGCCUGCGAAGCGGCGGGUCUUCAAUUGAAUUGGCAAGAAGGAUACAAGAAGCUAUGGUCAGCUUAUUCGAAUCAAGCCAAGGAGCUCAAGGCUUUUAAGCAGGCUGAUACUUUUGAGGGGAUUUCCAAUCAGUUUGCUGAUCUCAGGAAAACCAUAUCAGCUCAAUAUCAAAUCAUCAAACAGAGAGAUGAACUUAUUGCGGGAAUGAAUCUUACUCUAAGAAAGAAAGGAUUGACUAUAGCAGAGAAAGACUUGUUGAUUUCAAGUGUAGAUCCCAAUGUCUUUCCACUUUAUGCGGACAUCAAAGUUGCCCAUCUUAGCGGGCUUGUGUAUGUGGAUCUCGUCUCCAGUGUCAAGGAGGUGCAAGUGGAUAUCACGGGAAAGACGAUCAAUGAUCAUGUCAUCAGUUUCUUGACUGCCCAGCUAAUUCGUUAUUCCAAAAGAUACGAUUACGUCAACGCCGCAUGUCUGCAUCAGAUGAAAAUUGAGUCGCUCAAGAAGCCGCUCUACGAGAUAGCGCUUAAGGUUCGAGCUCGCGAGAUAGAGAACGCUGUCGCUUCCAGAACUGGUUCUACCCCUAGAGAAAAGAUUACAGGCCCCGGAAACCACGCUGCACAUGGUGCAGAUGCACUCGCAGAUGCUCAGAUGGUUCUCAAAACUGACUCCAAGACUGAUGUUGGCCGUGUAAUUUCUGGUAAGCGAGAGCAAUUCGAGUUUACAUACCUUGUACCGCCAGAAAUAGUUCUUAAGUUUGGGAGUGUAUGGAAUGGCUCAUACUUUCCCAACUUCAUACAGCUCUUAAACCUCUACCAAGAUUUGAAGAUAUGGCGUAGUGAGGGAAUCGGAAUUCUAGAAUUUCCCAUCCGGAGAUACAGUAUCAAACGCCUGGUUAACAGGAUAUAUCCUUCGGAAGAACUUAACAAUGCAGAGGCAUUUGAUGCGGACGAAGCAGCAAUUAAGGAGUGGAACGAGCUAUGGGACAUCUCUCGAGAGCUUCGGGAUGAGCACAGGAAGUUUCGUCGUGAAAACAACCCUCUUCUCCGCAAAUACUCACAUAGGAGAAGCUUGGAGGAAACAUCUCGUCGUACCAAUGCGCUUCGUUCAGCGACUCCAAAUUCACCCUCUUCCAUUGUUCGAAGAGAUUCAAGGAGGAGUUUGAAAUGA